AAUAAAUAUGAGCAGUAGUUCACUUAGAGAAAGAGGUCUUUCCUCUCGUAACUCAGAGGAGGAAGACAAGAACUCCUUAUCCGUAUUGAAGGAAAGUGAGGAUUCCAAGAUCCACAACAGCCCGUCAGGAUCAAUGAUCAGCGCAAAAGACUACGACGAAAGAUCUUCUUUGGCUCACCACAAAGACCAAGUUGAUUAUCAAGAUAACUUAGGUGUAAAAGAUCGUAACGAAAAUAUGCAUAAAUCCCCUGCUAGCAAUAAAUCCAAACUCACAAAGAACUUCUCGCAUGCCGAUGACGAAGAGAGGUCCGAUGAGAAAUAAGCGCGUUAUUUUCUUGAAUAAUGACGAACGAAAUGCUGAGUACCCAUUUUGUUCGAAUUACAUUAAGACGACGAAAUAUAAUAUAAUUUCGUUUCUUCCCACUGCUUUGUUAAUCCAGUUCUUAAGAGUGGCAAAUAUUUACUUCCUAAUUAUCAUGAUUUUGCAGUCAAUUCCAGCGAUUUCGCCCUUGAAUCCCAUAACGGCUGUUCUGCCACUUCUGUUCGUGCUCAUGGUUUCCAUAAUUAGAGAGGGAAUCGAAGAUUACAGGCGGUAUCGCUCAGACCGCACAAUUAACAUGACUAAAUUCAAAUAAAUAUAUCGAUAAAGAAGAUUUCGAAGAAAUCCAGUCAAAGAAUAUCAAAGUUGGAGACAUCUUACUCGUCGAGGAUGGGGAAACCUUCCCUGCUGACAUGGUCUUACUCAAAGCAAGCAAUGGACUCAAUGCAUUUAUCCAAACCUCAAGUUUAGAUGGAGAGAAAUAAUUACAAAAAGAGAACUCUCCCGAAGGAUUUCGAGACAUAUGCCAACCCUCUGGAUGAGAAAAGCUUUAAAUUUAUUGGGAAAGCAGUGAUAGAGUCACCUACUAGAAAUUUAUAUUCCUUUAAUGGCAAAAUUGCCAUUUCGAAUGAUCAAUUCGCACUAAAAACCAACCAACUGUUACUUAAGGGUUCUAACUUGAGGAAUACAGAAUGGAUUCUUGGGCUUGUAGUCUACACUGGGAAGGAUACAAAGCUCAUGCUUAACAGUCAGAAGUCAAGGACUAAGCAAAGUCAUGUUGAAAAGAAGCUCAACAUUGUGAUUUUUUUCAUCCUAAUCAUCCAAAUCUGAACAUGUCUACUCCUUGCAAUCAUCAUGUCAAUAUAUGACUCAGUAGAUGACGACAACCAGGACUAUUAUCUUGGAGAUAACAAUUCAGAUGAGAAGGCAUAUCUAAACUUCUUUUCAUACUUCCUCCUACUGAAUACAAUGAUACCAAUCUCCCUUAUUGUGACAAUAGAAAUCAUAAAAGUUCUACAGUGUAUUUACAUCGUAUGGGACAGUGAAAUGUUCUCUGAAGAUGACGAUGCAGGAUGCCAUGUCUCUUCAACCACAAUCAAUGAGGAGCUGGGCCAAGUCAAGUAUGUUUUUUCAGAUAAAACGGGAACUCUCACUCAAAACAUCAUGGAAUUCCGAGCUCUUGCUAUUGAAGAUGAGAUGUAUGGCAGUAUUGACGACCAUAUCAGACGAAAGGCAUCCAAACUUGAGCAAAAACUAGAGAUGGAGUAUUCCUUCAAAUCUCCAAAGUUAGACAGCCUGCUUGAGCUCAGAGGAAGAAGUAAAGGUAGCACAACCGUUAUCACCUCGAAAUCAGGAAGAAAUGAAAUCACUCUAGACGGUGACAAAGAGAAAGCAAUUGAAAGUAUAAAAUUACUCUCAAUAUGCCAUGAAUGCAUGCCUGAAGUUGCAGAACUUGAUGGAGAAAAAGUCAUCUUCUACCAGGGUCCCUCUCCUGAUGAAUCCACACUAGUAGACUUUGCACAAAGACAAGGUCAUGAAUUCUGGGAAGUUACAGAAGGAAGUUGUACAAUUAAAUACCAUCCAGAAAGUGGCGUCACAAAUGAAGGAUCUAAGAUCGUGACGUACGAUAUCCACAAAAGAAUGGAAUUCACAAGCUCCCGUAAAAGAAUGGGAGUGUUUUUCACUGAUGCCCUCGACGGGAAGCACAAGAUUUACAUCAAAGGAGCUGACUCUGAGAUCAAACUCAGGCUGGACAAGUCCCAGAUAAAUGACAAACACUUAGAAUUCAUAGACGACUUCCUUGCAAGAUCUUCAGUAAAAGGCCUCAGGACACUUCUUUACGGAAUCCGGGUCCUAGAUGAGGAAGAAUUUCAAGAAUUCCAAUUAGACAUCGCUCAAGCUGAAGAUGACGUCCUCAACUCCGAAAGAUUACUUGAGAAGGUCUAUGAAAAAUGGGAACAAGAGAUAGUACUCCUAGGAGGAACCGCCGUUGAAGAUCGGUUACAAGACGACGUUCCUCAAACUUUGGAAGAUCUCCGAUCAGCAGGAAUCAAAGUUUGGAUGCUCACCGGUGAUAAAAUGGAAACAGCUAAAAAUAUCGGUUUUUCAUGCAGGCUCCUCACUGAAGAUAUGGUGAUUACUGAAGUAAAAGGGAAGCAAAAAGCUAAAAAUAUUUUCACAUACAGUUUUUACGAAGACAACAAAAGCAUGAUGGAGGAUUUAAAAUAAAAGAGCUAUUGUGAUCGACCAUGAAGCGCUUGGGUUCUUAACAACUAAUCCUGAUUAUUUAAAAUAUUUCAUCACGAUCUCUAAAACAUGAGAUGCAGUAAUUUGUAGCAGAGUAUCUCCAGCUCAGAAGGCAGAGGUAGUUAGGAUGAUUAAGAAAGAUGAUCCUACCAAUAUCACACUUUCAAUAGGAGAUGGGGCCAAUGAUGUUUCAAUGAUUUUAGAAGCUGACAUCGGGAUCGGUAUUUACGGAAAAGAAGGAAUGCGAGCAGCUCAAGCCUCAGAUUUCGCUAUUCAUAAAUUUAAAUACCUCUGGAACCUAACUCUAUACCACGGAAGGUACAACUACAUCAGGAUAUCAGAGCUUAUACUGUACUUCUUCUACAAAAACAUAAUCUUUACGAUUCCUCAGCUGUAUUUUGCUUUCAUUUCCAAUUAUUCUGCUCAGACUUAUUUUGACGACUACUAUAUUUCCUUCUACAACCUCUUCUUCACUGCGCUCCCGAUCGGAGCAAGGAGCUUAUGGGAGAAGGACAUUGAUUUCAAAAUCUACAGUGAUGAAGAGCAAAGAAAGGAGGUAAAGAACUUAUUCCCGUCUCUUUACUACGUCGGUCAGCGUUCCCUAAUAUUUACCAAACUAAACUACCUAAUUUGGACUGGUUCAGGGAUCUUCCAAGCCUUGGCUAUCUUCCUGGUGCAUUAUUUUACCUUCCACAAUGCUAUUAUUACUGAAGAUGGGUACAAUGGAGGGCAUUGGAUGACCAGCAUCUCCUCGUUCACUUCAAUAAUAAUAAUCGUUAACUUGCGAAUCUUGCUUACGCACAGGUGGAUAAACGCAUUCAGCAUGCUCUGAAUAUUCAUUUUCAGUAUAACCCUCUUCUACGCAUAUACUUGGAUGUCAGACUCAAUCCAGUUCAGCUACACCUACCAGACAAGUGUGAUGCUGCACACAUCUCCUUUGUUCUACCUCACAGUACUAAUCUGCGUUGGGUUUACCUUCUCAAUAGACUUGUUUAUUGAAACAGUGAAGGUGAAUCUACUUGGAAGACCCUCAGCCUUCAUUAGAAAAGAAAUUAACACUAAAGGGUACAUUAGCCCAGAGGCUAGGCAAGUUUUGGACCGCUUGGUUGACCAGAAUGACAGGAAGAUGGCUCGCAAGGAUAUUGAACGAGAAGAAUAUCUAAGAGAAAGACGUAUGCGCAAGAUGGAGAAGCAGCAAAGAAAAAUUGAUAGAAAGCAUAAUUAAUAAUAUUCAAUUGAGCUACAGGA